AAAUCAUUCAUAUAUACAACCUAUAAGUGACCCCAGACAAGCCAAAGCAAACUCAUCAUACUCGAGGCCACUUCGUCCUCAAGUUCGCAUAUCUUGCAAAAAAAUCUCCCGAUCUGACAAAGUCAGUAAUUGCGCACACUUUGUCAACUGCGCGAUGUCUGCCCAUACGCAUCGUUCAACAUCAAAGCACGCCAACCUGGCCUGCUAGCCUAUACAACUCUCGCUUGCUCAGCUUACAUAUUUCCGGCACACAUACUUGCCACCAGCAAUCUGUCAGCUUGCACGCAAUGCGGCAAAGCGACACAAUCUGCCAGCCUGACAUAUGCAAUCUUCGCUUUUGCGUCAUCGGCACCAUUACUUGCCUGCCGCCAUUAUACGCUCAAGUCAAUAAAAGCAGCACCACAAUGUCGCUCGAGCCGGUCUCGCGACCUCACUGCUCUCCUGCUCCUAGUCACUAUACUGCUUCGCGCUGUCGCACAAGGGAGGAAUGGCACCUCUAUCAGCCUGGUCACUCUGCAAUAGCCCCUCGGGCCUGCCGCAUCCGUAUUGCAGCAAGCGCACAGCAGAGAUCGUUACCUAUCGCGCCCGAGCUAUACACAAUGCCGACUGCUCUUCACGAGCCUCGUGUCAGCCUUCAGCGGGUCGAUCGAAAUCAGAGUAUAUAUCUGUCCCGCCCAAGAUCCUGGCGCAUACUUUGCCAUUGUGACGGCUUCCAUCAAGCUUUGCACGAGCUACUCCUUGUUGAUCUUAGCUCGCGGCAUAUUUCUUUGGCUCACUACCGCUCGCUCGUGCCGCCGCCCAAUCUCCGCAGUCUCGAGAUGUCGCUCAACCGUGUCGCUCAUUCAGUCAUGCUCGAUUAACCGAAUCGGCCUUUGCCAAGUCGCACCGCUCGCUGCGAUGGCUUGCUAGGUCUCCCUCCCGCAGGCCGUCCUGAUGCGUUUGGACAGGUUCAGACGGCAGCAUUGGCAUUGAUCAUAAGGCAGCAGGCUCGGGCAGCGAUACUUCCACACCGCGCCAAGACGUCAAGUUGCAAGAGUGAGAGCGCAGAUAUCUCCUCCCCUUUCCCCCUUCCGCGAGUCUACUGCAGCUCAACGCG